UGUAUUUACUUUAAUGUCUUUGCACCUUCCUCUGUUCUUCAUCUUCAUCUUUCUUACUUUUCCAAUAGACAACAAAAGUGAAACAUCACUUCAGCUCACCUAACAUUCUUCUCAAACCCCUUCUUUCUCUUUUCCUUUUUUUUUUCCUGUUCUAAAUCAGAUUAGUAGAGACAUAGAUAAAGCUUCAACAAGCUGUUCAAGAAAAACAUAAAGAUAUCUGAUUCUGAGGAAUUUGGAGUGUUUUUCUUGAUCAGUUAGAUUUUGAUCAUUGAUUUUGGAAAAAGUUCUAGUUUUUUUUGUUAUAUCUCUGGGGAAUUGGUGUUUGAAGAAUCUGCUAAAUGGGGAUAUUUGAAGAUAUGGGCUUUUGUGGAAAUUUUGAAUUUCUGUCUGAUUCUAUGGGAUGUGGAGGAGAUGUGGCACAAGAAGUUGAACAUAAGCCGGCGGGGUUGGAGGAGGAGGACUACAGUGAUGAGGAGAUGGAUGUAGAUGAGCUAGAGAGGAGGAUGUGGAGGGACCGAAUGCUCUUGAGGCGUCUCAAAGAGAAGAUCAAGAAUAAAGAGGUGGGGGAUGGUGCAAAGCAGCGUCAGUCACAGGAGCAGGCUCGUAGAAAGAAGAUGUCUCGUGCACAAGAUGGUAUACUGAAGUACAUGCUGAAAAUGAUGGAAGUUUGUAAUGCUCAGGGUUUUGUUUAUGGAAUCAUCCCUGAGAAAGGGAAGCCUGUGACUGGUGCUUCCGACAAUCUGCGUGCAUGGUGGAAGGAAAAGGUCAGAUUUGAUCGGAAUGGACCUGCUGCCAUCGCCAAGUAUCAGGCUGAUAAUCAGAUUCCAGGGAGAGUUGAGGAAUCGAGUGUGAUAGUCUCAACUCCCCACACAUUACAAGAGCUUCAGGAUACAACUCUAGGAUCCCUUUUGUCUGCUUUGAUGCAGCACUGUGAUCCUCCACAGAGGCGGUAUCCCUUGGAGAAGGGGGUAUCUCCACCAUGGUGGCCUUCUGGUAGAGAGGACUGGUGGGGUCAGUUGGGUCUGCCAAAUGAUCAAAUUCAACCUCCAUACAAGAAGCCUCACGAUCUGAAGAAGGCCUGGAAGGUUGGUGUUCUAACGGCUGUAAUCAAACACAUCUCUCCAGACAUUGCUAAGAUUCGCAAGCUUGUUCGUCAGUCAAAAUGCUUGCAGGAUAAGAUGACAGCUAAGGAGAGCGCUACUUGGCUUGCUAUUAUCAAUCAAGAAGAGGCUUUGGCUCGUAAGCUGUAUCCUGAUAGCUAUCCACAGGGAUCUUUAGCUGUUGGUAAUGGUUCCUUUUUCAUCAGCGAUGCUAGUGAUUAUGAUGUGGAAGGAAUGGAUGACGAGAAAAACAAUGAAGUGGAAUGUAAACCCCAUGAUAUCAAUCUCCGAACUGGAAUUAUGGUACCUAAAGAUAGGAUCUUGAUGCCAGCUUUAGCUCCAGUGAAAGGAGAAAUUAUUGAUUUAACUUCUGAUUUUAUCCAAAAGAGGAAGCAACCAUUUUUUGAUGAGUCCGUUGAUCAAAAGAUAUAUACUUGUGAGUACCUUCACUGCCCAUACAGCAAUUAUCAAGCUGGAUUCCUUGACAGGACUUCAAGAAAUAACCACCAAAUUAGUUGUCCAUUCCGGUUCAAUUCUGCUCAAACACUUAAUACACCAAAGUAUCUGAUCAACUAUGAGAACAAUACAGUUUUUCCUGCUCAAAACGCUCCUCCUAAGCCAGCUGUCUCGUCAGUCACUGUUUCCUCUUCGAUGAGUGCCUCUGGGCUUGGACUCCCUGAAGAUGACCAGAGGAUUAUUUCUGACCUCAUAACAUCUUACGACAACAACUUUCAGCAAAAUGGUAGCAGCAUCUGUUCCGGAAUUUCCGAGAUUUUAGUAAAUCAAAACCCGCAGCUGCAACAAACAGUGGAACUUCCUAUGGAUGACAACUUCAACCUGGGACCUAUGGAGAACGUAGCUCAAGAAACCAGCAUGCCUGUGAAUUCUGCUUAUCAUUCGACAGAGUUUCAAUAUGAUCAAUGCAAAUUGUCCUUUGAUGCCCCGUUCGCUGGAAACUUAAAUGAUAUUACUGAUUACAGAUUUGGUUCUCCGUUCAACUUGGGAGGAGGAAGCGACUAUGCCAUGGAACAGCUGACAAAGCAGGAUAUAUCUACAUGGUAACUUAAAUGAUAUUACUUAUUACAGAUUGGGUUCCCCGUUCAUCUUGGGAGGAGGAAGCGACUAUGCCAUGGAACAGCUGACAAAGCAGGAUAUAUCUACAUGGUACCUCUGAACUAGUACUAGUAUAUUAAACUGUCUUAUUUCCUAUAUGAAGGCUUGAUAGGUUGUAUAUGUUUAGAUAAGUGAUAAACUUUCUGUCCUUUAUAUACAGGUAUUGUAGUUUCUUUGUGAUUUUUGUUUGAUGUUUUGAUGGUUGUAAGUCCUAAACAGUAUUGUCAUUAUGCAAUUAUGUUUUAAACUCUCUUAUUUA